AUGAAAAAUAUAUACACAAGUGUCAAGAUCUCACUGGGUGUGCAGGAGGACCCUUCGGAGGAGGCGAGGAAGAUCAGGGACGACCCGUCCAUGAGGGAGUGCGGUGCUCCUCUGAGGGAGGAGGUGGUGAGGGAGAACGCCCUCACUCUGGUGCGAGUGAGAGGAGGUGAUGCCUCAGACAAGGCUGAAGUGCUGGGGGAGUACAUCGCUCACAGCAGGCAGUAA